AUGGCCCUAUCGCCUCUCGUUCUCCGCGUCCUCACGGCGCCAGAGCUGUGGAGCGAUGCCGUCCUCGUCCCAACCUGCACGCUGAUCAACGAAUCCUACAAGGGGCGCGAAUCCGAGGGUCUCCUGGACCGGUAUCCCAGUGCGGAAGACUUUGCGCGCGACCUCGACACAGACGGCCUGUGCGCGGUGAUCCAGGACAGCCGGCACGAGAACCGCCCCGUCGCCGUGGUGGUGGCGAAGCGGUGGAAAGGGCGACGGAAGGACGUCGACGACGACGACGACCGCGCCACUGCCCCCGAUGCCGGGACGCGAGAUUGGGAGAUCGGCCCCGCCGCGUCGCGCAGCUUGCCUGAAUAUCGCGGCCGCGGGCUCGUCGAGCGGUGCUUGCAGGGUCUAUCGGCACGGCUGCUCGCGCAGGUCACGGAGGGGCCAGUUCGGCUGUGGGUCAAGGUGGUGGAGGAAUUCUACGCGGCGUACUGGGCGCGCAAGGGCUUUGUGCAGUGCGGAGCCAGCUACGUGAUCCCCGUGGGACAGUGGCAUCGCGAUCGAGCUUACACGUUGGUGGAUAUGGUGAAGGAGAUAUCGAGGAGCGCUGAUGGUGCAGGUAACGCUGGCUCGCGCCUAGAGAAGACUGGGGGUGGCAUCAUAGAGCCCAGCGCUUCAGAACUGGCGAGGUGA